AUGCAACUGUCUUUGAUCUUGAAGUUUGCCAGUUUUGCUUCCUUAGUAUUUGCUGCUGAUGGAACUGUCCGCUUAGGAGCACUGAAAAAAGCUGCCAAUUUUGAUUCAGAUGAUGCUCGUCUGGCUAAAAGAGAUGGUGGUUAUCAUGAUGUGACACUAGAUGAUCGUGGCGUGGAGUAUUUUCUGAACAUUUCAAUCGGUACACCACCUCAAAGAUUGCAAGUUCAAAUUGAUACUGGUUCAUCUGAUUUAUGGGUCCCUAGUAAAUCGAAUGGGUAUUGUGAUGAUGCUGAAGGUGGCCAUGGGAACUCAGUCAAGCUGUUUAAAAGGGCAAGUGGUGAUGACUCAAAUGAAACAUCAUCUACUGAUUCAUCAGAUGCCAAUCUUUGUAAUGGCUCAAUCCAUGGAUUUGAAAGUAAUUCAUCAACUUCUUGGAGAAAGAACUCUACUGAUGCCAAUUUUACUAUUCAAUAUGGUGAUCGUACUUUUGCUGAAGGUGAUUGGGUCAAUGAUGUUGUAUCUUUUGAUGGUAUGACCAUUGAAAACUUUGAUUUUGGUUUAGCAACAACAUACAAUAGUACUGAAGCUGUUUUUGGUAUAGGCUUGACAAGUAAUGAAGCAACAAUUGAUUCAGAAUCUGAUAGCUACACUUAUCCAAACUUCCCAGUUCGUUUGAAGAAUGAUAAACUUAUUUCCAAAAUUGUCUACUCCAUUUAUUCCAAAUCUGAUCCUUCUAAAAGAACAGUCGCUGAGCUAGUGCAUUCAUCUACUGAUGUUGAACUUUUAUUUGGUGGUGUGAAUCAUGCUAAAUAUGAAGGCGUCUUGACUACUCUACCUGUUGCUUCAGAUGAUAAUUAUCUUGCUAUUACAUUGUCUGGUAUUGGAAUAACAUCAAACUCUGGAAAUACAACCAGAACUGUUUCAACCUCAUUCUAUAGUGCACAUUUAGAUACGGGGACCACUCUUAGUCAGUUCCCCAAAAUGUUACUUGAAGCCUUUGCAAAUUCAAAUGAAAACUUUCAAUAUAAUGAAGAUUCUGGUCUAGUGAUUACUCCUUGCUCCUUGAUGAAUUCCACAACUGACUAUUUCAUUUUUGAUUUUGCUGGCGCGGUGAUAAAAGUUCCAAUGAACAAUAUUGUGGGAGAAUUGAAUGUAACAGCUAAUCAAAUAUGUGGGUUUAAUUUUCUUCCAAGUGAAGAUGAAAAAGUUACUUUAGGUGACAAUUUCUUGAGAAGUGCGUAUGUUUUGUAUGAUUUAGAGGAUAAUGAAAUAUCAAUUGCCCAAGCUAAAUAUAAUAAUGAAGAUAAUAUCGAAGCUGUUGUUUCAAGCGUUCCUUCUGCAACAAGGGCUGCACAAUAUUCAUCAUCAUUUUCAACUCCUGCAACUUCAAACACAGUCACUGGUGAUAUCAUAUCAAAAUACAUAGCAACUGCUAACAAUACCAAUGCUUCAAAAGUGGCAGUUUCUCAAAAUUCAGCUCAUGGCUCGGUGAGGUAUUCUGCUUCAACAAUAAUUGGGAUUUUGUCUUUGGUUGUUGCUGUCUUAUUAUUGUGA